AAUGCGCCUGCAGCUCGCGCUCCCGCGCCGAUCCCGGGAGCGUCCGAGCCGCCGUGCGCAGGCGAGGCGGGGAACGCGCGCGCGGGGCGCGCUCGUGAGUGCGGGCCGCGCGCUCGGUGGCGCGCAUGUGUGUGUGUGCGGGCUGCCGGGCUGCCCCGAGCCGGCGGGGAGCCGGUCCGCUCCAGGUGGCGGGUGGCGGGAGCGAGGGAGCGGACAUGGACUUCGACUCGUACCAGCACUAUUUCUACGACUAUGACUGCGGGGAGGAUUUCUACCGCUCCACGGCUCCCAGCGAGGACAUCUGGAAGAAAUUCGAGCUGGUGCCGUCGCCCCCCACGUCGCCGCCCUGGGGCUCUGGUCCCGGCGACGGCGACCCAGCCCCUGGGAUUGGCCCCCCGGAUCCGUGGCCCGGAGGGGGCGCUGGGGACGAGGCGGAAUCUCGGGGUCACUCUAAAGCUUGGGGAAGGAACUACGCUUCCAUCAUCCGCCGUGACUGCAUGUGGAGCGGCUUCUCUGCCCGGGAAAGGCUGGAGAGAGCGGUGAGCGACCGGCUCACCCCCGGCGCGCCCCGGGGGAACCCACCCAAGGCGCCCGCCACCCCGGACUGCACUCCCAGCCUUGAAGCCGGCAACCCGGCGCCCGCCACCCCCUGUCAGCUGGGCGAACCCAAGACUCAGGCCUGCUCUGGGUCCGAGAGCCCAAGCGACUCGGAGAGUGAAGAAAUUGAUGUUGUGACAGUGGAGAAGAGACAGUCUCUGGGUAUACGGAAGCCAGUCACCAUCACGGUGAGAGCAGAUCCUUUGGAUCCCUGCAUGAAACACUUCCACAUCUCCAUCCAUCAGCAACAGCACAACUAUGCUGCCCGUUUUCCUCCAGAAAGUUGCUCCCAAGAAGAGGUUCCAGAGAGGGGUCCCCAAGAAGAAACUCUGGAGAGAGAAGCCCCUGAAGAGAAGGAGGAUGAGGAGGAUGAAGAGAUUGUGAGCCCCCCACCCUUGGAAAGUGAGACUCCCCAGUCCUGCCAUCCCAAACCUGUCAGUUCUGAUACUGAGGAUGUGACCAAGAGGAAGAACCAUAAUUUCUUGGAGCGCAAAAGACGGAAUGACCUCCGCUCUCGGUUCUUAGCCCUGAGGGACCAGGUACCCACCCUGGCCAGCUGCUCUAAGGCCCCCAAAGUAGUGAUCCUGAGCAAGGCCUUGGAAUACUUGCAAGCCCUGGUGGGCGCUGAGAAGAGGAUGGCUACAGAGAAAAGGCAGCUCCGGUGCCGGCAGCAGCAACUGCAGAAAAGAAUUGCGUACCUCAGUGGCUACUAACUGACCAAAAAGCCUGACUCUUCUGUCUUACAAAGACAGUGUAUUUUUUAACCUCCCUUUCCCCUUUAGUAAUUUGCACAUUUUGGUUACGGUGGGACAGUCUGAACAGUAGAUCCCAGAAUGCAUUGCAGCCAGUGCACACACAAUAAGGGCUUGCAUUCUUGGAAACUUUGAAACAGCUCUCCCUCUUUCCUGACUCAUGGGAGUGCUGUGUCCUCUCUGGCGCCUUUGGCUUCUCAGCAGGCAGCUGACUGAGGAGCCUUGGGGUCUGCCUAGCUCAGUAGCUCUGAAGAAAAGGCUGACAGAUGCUAUGCAACAGGUGGUGGAUGUUGGGGGUGGGGGGGUCCAGCCUGCAUGAAAUCUCACACUCUGCAGGAGCUUUAGGCUAGGAAAGGAUGCUCCCGCUGGUGUCUCUGGGGGUGAUGCAAGGACAGCUGGGCCUGGAUGCUCUCCCUGAGGCUCCUUUUUCCAGGAGACACAGGAGCUGUCUUGGGUGAAGGCAAGCUCACAGACUUGAACAACAUGGACCAUUACCUCACUGUCAGACACUUUACAGUACCUAAGGAGUGCAAAUCUUUAGUAUAUAUUAUGUUAGGCGACACCUCUCUACCCACUCUGAAUGCUGCGAUCUUGAGAACAUUUAAAGAGCUUGGCCUCAGAUUCUUUGUCUUAGAGCCCUUUGGGCCCUCUCUGAAGGAGGGACCUUUCUGUCCUUACUUAAAGGACUUUUUUGACUCAUUCUGCCUUUGUUAUGCAAUAGGCUCUACAGUGCCCUUUCCCACAGGUCAGAAAUAUUUCCUCCAAGAAACAGGAAAAUGGAUCCUGGCUUGGGGCCUGGGAAAGGCUUGGAGUCCUGGCUCAUGAACUUGUUCCCUGCCCAGGUGUUUUACAAGGGGCAUAAUGAGGCCCAUCAUGGGAUCUUUUCUCAAGGCAGAUAUAAGGCACCUCAGAAGGAAGCACUCUGUAACUCUUCCUCUUUCUACCUACCUGCCUCUCAUCUCAAUCCUUGACUCCGUUUGAAGUUCUACUGGAACUGUGCAAACCUGUCCUUCUCAUGCAACUCCAAGGAGCUUGCUGGCUCUAUAACCACCAACCUGGUUCCCUGAUAGUCUGACAUGAGUCAGAUCCUUUUCCCAGAAUCUGGGCCUUACUGAGGUUCUGAGAGCCAUUAGGACUCAUCCAGUGCUCCAGAAGGUGGACUUAUUUCUUGGUGGGUCUUAAAAGCUCCUGCAGGAGCUCUGUUUAACCAACCAUAAUGGAUUUUGCCCCAGCUGGACUCUCUAGCUCUAAGUGGAAUCCAGGUACAGCCUCCAAUCUGGGAAAGUCACCCAACCCAGCAAAUGUCAUGUGGGCAAGCACAGGAACCCCUAAGCCUGUCCUGGAAGAAGGAUCAGCCUCUCUGCUGCCCAGGACAGCAGGUGCCUUCUGGCUCUGGGUUUGGAAUUGGGGAGGGGGGAAGGAAAGCACAGUUUGAGGCUCUGUAAAACCAGCUGCUAUUUCCAAAUCCACUGUCCACAAUGGUUUCUUUCUGAGUUUGCUUCCUGGCCUCAGAAUCCCAUGGAAGUUUUGGAACUAGCCACUCUACCUUCUGGAGCAGGAUUUUCAGGAGCCAGCUGACUUCUGGAAUUGUCUUAGGAGGACAGGUGGGGAGGGGAGUAGGUUACUAAUGUCUCACCUUGAUGGCUUGUGUUUUAUAAGCUGCUGCUGGGUAUUAUGCUGGGGUGAGUCUUUUUUUUUUUUUUUUUAUACUGUAUUUUUGUAUGCAUUUUGCAAAGUGGUGUUAACUGUUUUUGUACAAGGAAAAAAAACCCUCCUGGGAAAUUCUGUUGCAAGGGUCUGAUUUUAUUUUGAAAGGCAAGUUUACCUGCAAUUUUGUAUUUAGUUGUGAUUACUGAUUGCCUGAUUUUAAACUGUUGCCUUCUGGGACAUCUUCUAAUAAAAGAUUUCUCAAA